UCUACCCAGUCCCUUGUCAUCGUAGCGCCAUUGACGACAACGUGACAGCGGUAUUCUUGCUUUCGGUUUUGCGUGAGGUGUGCCCUGCCCAAGCAAGGGUCAUGGAGCUAGGCAAAAGAUGGUAUUCCGCAAGCGAAUGGACUGUUGUAAGUUUGCUGUGGUGACAUUGCAUCGGGUAUCAGCAGGAUCAAGUGCUUGUGAUCCCCAGCAUAGAUGAAGAACUUGGUUUUUCAACGGUGGUUAAUUAAAAGAAGUGUUGUCAAUGAACGACCGCGUUUGGUGUUUGGCCAUUUGCCGAGCCUGCAUUGUGCGCCUUUGCCAGGCAUAUCGCGCAUGCGCUGGGGAACCCAGCAGCUUGGUGCAAUCAAAAACCGAUAGAGUGUCACGAAAUCGUCAAAAUCUAUCAGCGAUCCAGCAAUCAAGAUCUCGGACAAUCGAUCGCUGCCGAGACAAGCACGUCUUCAGGUCUGUUUACAGUUGGCGAAUGAAGGCCUCCGAGCUAGGGGCAUGAAUCGUAAAACAAGUAGGCCCGUGAGGCGUCGAUGGCGUGUA